AUGAAUUUGCGCAGCUUCCUUUACACCCAAGCACAACGAGAGCUGGUAAGAGGGUGGUGUCUCGAGGGGAAACUCUCCUUUACUGGAAAAAAGUGCUUCUUCACGAAUGAAGCAAAACCGUUUAAGGUCGGAAUCAUUGGAGCUGGGCCAUCGGCCCUCUACUGCUGCAAGCAUUUAUUAAAACAUGAACGAGUUAAAGUUGACAUUUUUGAGAAGCUACCGAACCCUUAUGGCCUCAUCAGGUAUGGGGUGGCCCCAGAUCACAUUAAUGUGAAGAAUACGUACAAAACUUUUAGCCCCGUUUUUUUAAGCGCCAAUUACAGAUUUUUUGGAAAUGUUCAUGUAGGGGUGGACCUAACAAUGGAGGAACUUCGGAACCACUACAACUGUAUCAUCUUCUGUUGUGGUGCAUCUGAAGUGGAAAUGCCCAUUUUGCAGAAAGAUGAGGAUAACACACUAAUCGGGAAUAAAAACAAUCACAUAAGACAGAGCGGCAUUUUCCAUGCACGGGAUCUCAUCUACUUUUACAACAACAUGUACAACGAUAUGCGAUGCAAAGCAGUAGACAAUUACCUAAAUUCAUUCGAAAAUUUCACCACCUCUGUCAUCAUAGGGAACGGAAAUGUGUCUCUUGAUAUAGCACGCAUAUUGAUAAAAUCUCCUGAUGAUUUAAAUAAAACGGAUAUCAGCAGUGACUACCUGAAGGCGAUAAAGAGACAUAAUAUUAAACACAUCUACAUUGUUGGACGCAGGGGAUUCUGGCAAUCAUCUUUUACGAAUGCAGAGCUCAGGGAAUUAAUUUCGUUAGAAAAUACCAAAGUUAUUUUAAGUAAAAAAAAUUAUGAUCUCUGUUGCGUUUUAAAAAGCGAUGAGGAGGGAAAUACAAAUAUGAAAAAAAGGCAACAUGAAAUUUUCCAAAAAAUGGUAAAAAAUUAUGAAGAAGUGGAAAAAAAUAAAGAAUUCUACAAAACACAUAAAAUUAUCGAAUUCAUUUUUUACUCACAAAUAAAAAAAGUACAAGCCAUAGACAGUUCAAUGAAGAAUGUAGAAUUUGAAUUGAACAAAAAUGUCCCCAUGUCCUAUUCGUCUUUUAAAGAAAACAAAGUUUUGGUAACUCCAUUGAUAAUCUUCGCUACGGGAUUUAAAAAAAGCAAUUUCACAGAAAAUUUGUACAAUCAAUCUAUUCAAACAUUUAAGGAAGAUAUAGGGCAGAACAAGUUUGGAAUUUUCAAGGCAGGCUGGUUUGAUAAAGGACCCAAGGGAAAUAUAGCAAGUCAAAUUUUGAACUCCAAAAAUUCUACACAUCUUGUUUUAAACUUCCUUCAGAAAGUGAAUAUCUUUUUUGACAAUGACAUUUCGAUCUUGUUAAAACAGAAGCAAAUUUCCUAUGUCUCCUUUGAUGACUGGAUUUACCUCCACCAGCUAGAGAAACAAAUGGGGGCACAGAAAAAUAAAAUUGGCCAAAAGUUUUCUCAAAUAGGGGAGGUGUUGCGUAUACUCAAAGACAGAAUGGGGAAAAGCCACUGA